CUCUCCAGCGGAAGCGGCAGCCUCCGGCAUGGGCAAGGGGCAUCACGGUGGGCCACGCGGAGGAAGCCAGUUUUUGAUGCGUUCUAUUCACACCUCCUCCUACCUCCUCUUGGGCAGCGGCUCCGACGGUCCCCUCCCUCCCCGCCUCCUCUUCCUUUCCCGGCGGCAGCGGCCGCGGUUGCCACGGCAGGGGGAAAAUGAGUAGGGCGGCGGCGGCGGCGGCACUUCUCCUCUGCCUACUGGGCUGCAACGUGUGGAAGGCGGUGACCAAAACCUUGGCGGCGCCCGAUGCAGCUCAAGAAGUUACUCUGAAGGUUCAUGUCAGUGAUGCCAGCACACACCAGCCAGUCACGGAAGCCUUUAUCGAGAUUUUUACCAACCAGGUUCCACUUGCUUCAGGAAACACCGGAGGAGAUGGCACUGCCUUUAUCAAGUUUCAGUAUAAGCUGGACAGUCAGCUAAUUGUUACUGCAACUAAACAAGCUUAUGUGCCAAACUCUGCGCCAUGGAAACCUGUAAGAUUGCCUGUAUUUUCUUCCCUGAGCCUUGGCCUUCUUCCUGAGCGGUCAGCUACUCUGAUGGUGUAUGAAGAUGUUGUCCAGAUAGUCUCAGGAUUUCAAGGUGCACGGAUCCAACCCAAAGUCCAUUUUCAAAGAAGAGCCCUGAGGCUACCAGAGAAUACUAGCUAUAGUGACCUCACAGCAUUUCUUACUUCAGCUAGUUCACCCUGGGAAGUGGACAGUUUUCCUUAUUUGCAAGGCUAUGAUGGCAAUGGAACUGGAAAUAACACUAGGUAUGAUCUUACUCCUGUCACUGCAGUUAGUGUUCAUUUACUCAGAAGUGAUGGGACUCCAGUUCCAGUGAAUGGGCCCAUUUAUGUAACAGUGCCUCUCCCUGCAACCAACAACUUGAAACAUCAUACCCAUGUGCCAGCUUGGAGGUUUGACCAAAAAUUUGGAACUUGGUUAAAAAGCAACCUAGGCACUAUUGAACAAGAAGGAAAUGGAUUGACCUGGACUUAUAUUGCCUCCCAGUUGGGAUAUUGGGUUGCAGCCAUGUCACCCACAAAUCCAGGUCUCAUUGUAGCGAAGGACUUCACUACUUACCACACAGUGUUCCUUUUGGCAAUUCUUGGAGGAAUAGCUCUUAUACUACUUGUUCUGCUGUGCCUCCUUUUAUACUAUUGCAGGAGAAAGUGUUUGAAGCCCCGUCAACAUCAUAAGAAACUACACUUAUCCUCAACACUCAGUGGUGCUAAGAAGGAUCAAUCAACUUCCAUGUCCCAUCUCAAUUUAGUAUUUUCCCGACGUGAAUCAGAAUUUCCCGGUGGGCUCUCCAUUACUGGCAACAGGCACCCAGAAUCCUCUGGCCACAAGGAACUGAUAGUGGCUGUUCAUUUGGACAAAGGAUGUUCGGGAGAAGUAGAUAUGCAUACCCCUAUGCUGCAACAUACUUAUAGCACUUCACAGGAAUUUAGCUCCAGAGAGGAAUCACUUUCCCAUAAGGAAAAUGACCAUAGCCGCAUGUCUCUAGAAAAUAUGGCUUCUAAUGAUAGUUUGAAAAAAGACUAUCUUCAAUCAUUGGAUUCUUUUUCUAUAAAUCCAAGAAAGUCUCUGGAAAUGACAGAAGGAUAUGGUUCUCCUGAUAAGGGGGACCAUAGACACAGUUACAAUGCAAUGUUGUUAAGCCGGCCUUUAUUUGAGAAGCAGGAGCAAACAUCCAUGAAUCAUAUUUCUACAGGGAGUAAAUAUAAUCUUCAGGAACAAGUAUACCCUAUCCCUUCAACCCCUGAAACGGAACUUCUAGAUUGCAGGUCCUCUGAAUGUAUGAUGUCUCGCUCCGUUGACCAUCUUGAAAGACCCACUUCUUUUCCUCGACCAGGUCAUCUGGUCUGUUGUAAUUCUCUUGAUCAGGUUAAUGAUAGUGUUUACAGAAAAGUAUUGCCCACAUUAGUUAUUCCUGGUCAUUAUAUGAAACUUCCAGGAGAACAUCCUUAUAUUAGCCAGCCUCUCUCUACUGAUCAACCGGUAGAUAUAGAAAGGCUCCAGGUUGAACUAUCCAGCCCUCAUUCACAGCUUUACCCUCAUUCUCAGCAACAGAUGCAGCCACAACAGCUAGCUGCUCAAGCAGUAUCCCAGCAACAUUUACAAGAAGUUGGUGCAGGUGACUGGAAACCACAGAGCGUUCCAAUGUCUGAAUCAGUAUCCAUUCCAGCAUCCCUUAAUGAUGCUUCCCUGGCACAAAUGAAUAGUGAAGUGCAGCUUCUUACUGAGAAAGCUCUAAUGGAGCUAGGUGGAGGAAAGCCUUUACCUCAUCCUCGGGCAUGGUUUGUUUCUUUGGAUGGGCGUUCAAAUGCUCAUGUUAGACAUUCCUACAUCGAUCUUCAAAGAGCUGGAAGGAAUGGAAGCAAUGAUGUCAGCCUGGAUUCUGGGGUUGACAUGAAUGAGCCAAAAUCUGCCCGAAAGGGAAGGGCAGAUCAUUUACAACAAACCCACCAGCAAGCGCAGAUUCAUCCACAGAAAGAGCAGAAAAUUCCAGAAAGUAGCACUUAUACACAGCUUGUUUAUUUGGAUGAAGUGGACCAAAGUGGCAGUGAAUGUGGAACUGCAGUUUGUAGUCCUGAAGAUAAUAUUCCAAGAUGUGUGUUGGAGGGAGGAAGCAGAAGAACAGGUGGCCAAUUGCCCAGCCUGCAGGAAGAAACAAUAAAAAGAACAGUAGAAAGUUCACCAGAGCCUUUAACAAGUCCAGAACAUAAAAUAACUGAACACAGUGAAGCUGACGACGAUGAUGAUAAUGAUGAUGAUGAUGAUGAUGACGACGACGACGACGAUGAUCAAGGGGAAGACAAAAAGAGUCCUUGGCAAAAGCGAGAGGAAAGACCACUCAUGGCGUUCAACUUGAAGUAACCUCUGAUAGAUCUGAUCUUUUCCCCCAGGAGAAUAUAUAAUUGCCAAAUAUUUUUGUUUGUUUAUACUGACAGAAAAAAAAGAUGAAGUAAUCUUUAUGGUGGGUUACAACUGAAAAGAUUCACUCAAGAUAAUUUUUGUGCAAACUCACCUAAUUAUUUGCAAAGUCUGUAUGAAACUAUGACUGAAUUCCAUUUAUUUGAUACUGGCCAUCAAGGACAUUUGGAUAUUUACAUGUGGUUUGGCAGAUUAUAACCUCAGAUUUUCCUGAAAAUGGAUCUAUGUGAAACUUUAUUAUUAUUAUUUCUUAAUUCAAAUGUAUCAUAAUGAUGCUACUGAAAGGGUAUCUUUAAGUAGAGUUCAACACUUGACAUCUACAGAUAUGCAUUAUUUCAAAGGAAGGCUAUGCACUGCUGCUUUUUAAUAAUCUUGUUUUUGCUUUAACAUGCUUAUUUACAAGGUAGUUCCAAAAUAUUGUCUAUCUUUAGUCUGCCUAGCCACCGAGUUUUUGACAUGAAACUUGACAAGCUUUUCUUGGUAUCUGAAGAGCCUUUUGUGAAACCAAACUGAUUUUUUAAAGUCAGCUUUGAUUCCUCCAGUCCCCAUUCUAAGUGCCUUUUUUACAGGAACAAUGAACAGUCUCUUCUUUUGCUAGCGACUUGAAUAAUCAGAUUUUUUAACAGAAAAAAAUUCUGAAACCGUAUCUGUACUUUAAUUUGCAUGCUAUCAAAUGUCUCUGCUGAAUGACUCUUUAUUUCAAAACAGUGUAUUCGCUAAUUUUGGUGUGUACUGUGGAUUCUGUUUAGCAAGGGUAGACUAUAGGACAUUUUUGAAAACCCCAAAGUAGCCAAAAUAGUUUCACUGAUUGUAUAUAUGAUGUAUAUAAUUUCAAGUAACAUGGAUUUUGGACCAAGCAAGUGGAUUGAAUGUGUUCUAAAAAUGUCAAGCAGAGUUGUUAUAAACUAUCCAAAAGUGCCAGAUCGAUUUCUGUGCUUUCUCUUUAUAAAACUGCUUGGUUAUCCAAAAAUUAUAAUUCAAAAAUAAAGUUUUUGAAAAC